UGUCUUUCCUCGACGGCACCAACUCAGUUUUCGUUUGCUUUCUUCCCUUCCUUCUUUGGUUCAUGGCGUUGGCCCCACUCGUCGGCAGCAAGCACGUCAAGAGCAUGGGCUUGGGCACCUACCUUGUUCAGGAGCACGGCAAGAGCCAGUACGGCAACAGGGUGACAAUCGUGCUGCCGGACACGUUCCACGUUCUGUGCCAGGACGCCCUCGUGGUGUUGAAAUCAAUCGACAGGCUUGACUGCACGAGGGCGCUUAUUGACAGCGGGUACACCCUGGCUUCCUACAGGGUGCUCCACACCCACCCCGACUAUCCCGUCGUACUUCCGAUCUGGUCAGAGCCUUCCAAGGGCGACCUCCUGCCCCCGCGGCAGGUGACCCGGCAAGCUGGUGCUCCGAAGAAGAACCGUGGCCCCCGGCAGCCCCAAGACGGAGGUGGUGGUAGCGGCGGGCCUGCCGCCGGGGGAGGGGGUGGUCGUGGCGGGGGCGGCCCUUCUCAGCCCGUCCCGGUUCAUGGGAUGGGCAGUGUUCGCAGCCACGUGGGAGACCUCAACGUCGGAGGUUCCGCGGGCGAGCAACCUACCGGGAGGUUGUGGGGGGGGCUCGCGGUUCAGCGUUACGGCUCACAAGACGCUUCCGGCCGCGACCCCCGCAUCCCAUGUACCGGGACGGGCUGA